CGUGUUUUCAUCGCGUUCGCCAAAAUUGUCAGUGCUGCUGCUCGGCAGGCAGUUCUCCAAAUUCCGAGUAUUUUUCCCAAUUCGAAAAGCUGGAAAAGGUAGCUUGUUUAAAAUAGAUUGACGUUAUAUCUUCGGCAACCGGAAUAAGAUUUUGGCAAACAAAUUGUACGCAUCCGGGACCAAAAACAGUGAAGAAAAAAAAAUCAAAUCGAGAAGUGCAUAUAAAAGUAGGAGUGCCGUCAUCGUCGAGAUACGGAAGAAGCCAAAUAACUGGUCUGUUGCGAUUGCGGAGCUGUCAUCUACACCAAGCGCAAGCAUCGGAAAGAAACACUCAGUGCGGAAAGAUUACAACCGAAGAGCGGAGGAGGACAGCAUUCGUGCUGACUAGAAGUGAGCAGAGAACCUUCGGGACGGUUUGGGCUGACUUCCCGCGAGCUGCCGCCAUCAUCGAUUAACCUCCGAGCCCUUCAACGUUGCCGACCCUACAGGCCCACCACGUUAGUAGCAUUGGUGCAGCAUCGGGAGCACCUCGCCGGGCGCUUGGCAGUGUAGACAAGGGUUAAUCUAAUCAGCAAUGUGCGCUCUCGGUAGAUCAUAGUCAGUGGCGGACUGUAGUAGCAGUCGUUCCAGCAUUUGGGAUUCUCACCAAAAUUAACUCGAAUAGAGUGACACAUAGAAGUAUUAAUAACAACAUCACCGCUAUCAGCGGUAGCGAGAACGGCCUCGACGUCGGUAUGUGUCGUUAUUGUGAUACGCGUUCCAGAGUUUGUUAUCAGAAACUAGAAAGACUCGGCAGGGUGACGACGUCUGCUGCUGCUCGUCGUAUCGUCAAGUGGCACCAGCAUUGAACAAAAAAAUCUAAUUAUUACUCAUUUGAGAGGGCAGCGUAUGAAAAGCACGGCUAAUUAUCGGUUGCGUGAAUGUUUACUUUUGAAGAAUCAAUAUACGAACGUAUAUGAGUGAAUAGUGCCAGAUCUGAAUAACCGUCAAUUUAGUGUCUAAGUUUGGAAGUGCUCGAAUCAAUCAAUCGAUUUUGUGUAGAAACCGCGUGAGUGUCCAAAACACGACCAAUCCGUGUGAGAGAAGAAUCGGCGUGAACCUUCUAUCAGUCACGUCCUAAGAGAUCUAUCGAGUACAAUCAUGAUAAAACAAUGUCAGCAGCGAUGAUCUCUAUUGUGCACUGUUUAGCAAUUGGGAUACUGAUUUUUUGGUGCGGGAAAUGGAUCGUGCACAUAAUGGCCAUAACCUACGGGAAGCUGAAACUGCACAAAAAGACUGCAUCGGCAUCGCUGCCUCGUGAAACACCUUUUCCCUCGGUGUCGAUUCUCAAACCCUUGAUGGGGCUAGAUCCUAAUCUUUCCAGCAACUUGGAAACAUUCUUCUUGAUGGACUACCCCACAUACGAGCUGCUGUUUUGCGUUGAGUCAUCUGAUGAUCCAGCCAUUGACGUAGUGAACCGUCUGCGAGAAAAAUAUCCCAACAUAGAGACCACGCUCCUACUCGGAGGAUCAGAAGUCGGGGUGAAUCCGAAGGUGAACAACCUCUACCCGGGUUAUUUGGUGGCCAGAUACGAGUUGAUUAUGAUUUCAGAUGCAGGAAUUCGAAUGAAAUCCGAUACGCUAACCGAUAUGGUUAAUCACAUGACAGAUCGGGUCGGUCUUGUGCAUCAGAUGCCGUUUGUGUGCGAUCGCGAAGGUUUCGCGGCCGCCUUCGAGAAGAUCUACUUUGGGACAGUCCAAUCGAGAAUCUAUCUUUGUGCCGACCUGCUCGGCAUCAACUGCCACACGGGAAUGUCCUGUCUAAUGCGGAAGGACGUUCUUGAUGAGCUCGGAGGAAUCCAAUCUUUUGGAUGUUAUCUAGCAGAGGAUUUCUUCUUGGCUAAAGGCUUCCACGAUGCCGGCUGGAAGCUCACCAUCAGCAGCCAACCCGCCUGGCAAAACUCCGGCAUUUGUGAUAUUAGCAGCUUUCAAGCACGCCUGACACGCUGGGCAAAACUGCGUGUUGCCAUGGUUCCAACGACCAUCCUACUGGAGCCUCUGUCGGAGUGCAUCAUCGUUGGGAUGUUUGCCUGCUGGGCAGCCAAAAUACUAUUCCGAUGGAAUCCACUCGUGUUUUUCCUCAUCCAUACUCUGUUCUGGUUCCUGUCGGACUGGAUCCUACUGUCAGUUAUCCAAAAUGGAUCGUUACCAUUCAACAAGUUCACCUUCUUGGUGGGAUGGGCAUUCCGGGAGCUCAGCGGGCCGUACCUAUUCUUUAACGCCCUCUGGAACCCGGCCAUCAGAUGGCGAACGCGAGUCUACAAGCUGGCCUGGGGCGGAAUCGCUUACGAGUUAACUUCCCAAAUCAAAUCGUAGCUUAAAAUAAAACACCCGCGAACCACACAGACAACACAUACACAAACUCAUCAAGCUAUUGUUUUGUCGUAUUAUAACAUGUAUAAAGUUUAAUUUAUAAACCAAUCGUAAACAUAAGAAUAUAUUUUGGAGAUUUUUUUUAAUCCUUAUCGAAAAGUUUGUUUUUUCGUUUAACUUUUCAGCAGUCACAACACAAAAAUUUCCUAGAAGGCAUACAAUGUAACUGCAGUGAAUAUGUCAGAGAAUGUUUGUAGAUCUGACAAUAGGAAUAUCAUUACAAUCAUUGCUUUUCGUAUUUCAAUUUAAAAAAAUGUUUGUUACAGUGCGAUGCAUAUUUUUGCGAAUAAUGUCUAGCUUGCUAAAUUUUUUUUUUCAGCAACAGUUUCUCCAUAAUUUGUUUUUAGUUCUCUACCUUACGAUCUUGCUAUGCUUUUUUUACUUAUUUAAUCGCCAUAAAACUAUAUUUUUAUCGUAAUUUUGUUUGAAGCUACGCUCAGCAUACUGUCAGAUGCACUGCAAGCCUUCUUGGAAAGUUAAUCAGAUUCCAAAAGUAGAGUAAUCCGUCGAAUCUUGUUAUUGUAUUGUUUUACUUUUUUGUUUCUUUUUUAUGUGAAUGUAUAUAUCAUUUCCAUGUAGAUAUUUAGGCUUAUUCUACGAUUUUGGGGAGGUGACGCGAAUUGAGAAGAGUGUUGUGGAUUACUCGUAGUCUCACGUGAGAGAAAAGUCGGCAUACGAAAUCAAUUCGAAAUAAAAUAAGAAACGGUGAAUUAAAAACGCCCAUUA